GAACGAUCAUUUAUCAGCUAUCACGACUGAUACCAUCUACGAGGCAUUCUUCUUGGUCGCUGCAAGACACCUUCUAAGCAAUCACGAUGUGUUAUCAAGUCAUCCAAUUAUUUGAGUGCACUCACCAAAGCCCCUCAAUAAAUAUUCCAUGCAAGCAACCAUCGGCAAACUGUGGUGGUAUAUUUCUGAGGCAGGAGAUUGAAGAUACGAAAGGACUAUGUGAGAGAUGCCAUCAAACUACGGAGAUGAGAGGAUCUGGGAUAGAGCCGGAAGAUGAGGGUUAUUGGUCAUGACUCUGGUCCGAAGUGUGGAGAAAGGGACGCCUGAUAUGCUCGUAACGACGAAUGGCUUUUGAUGGGUUGGAAACUUGGAUGAUCCUGAAAUAUUCCAAAUCUGAAUAAAAAGCACUACAUCACACUUCCCGAAAUAACAUUGCGUCUUUGUCUUA